GCUAUUUCAACGAAAACAAUUUGAAGUUCCAAUGGCAAUGUAAAGCCUAAAGUCAAGAGCGGUUUAGUUCGCAUAAACUUUAUGGAUGCAUUGUCGUCACUUUCGCACGAUCACCGGUGACCACGGCAACCGCGACUGAGUGAAGCUGCAGCCGACCCGACCAACCAACCGACCUUUGACCUCCCACGCAAUCCAACUUGUGAUUGGCUCGAUCGCUGUUUCCACACGAGUUGAAAUAAGUAGAGGGAAUAUCAUGGCUGCGAGUGCCCGCAAAGCACCCAACAUCCUGAUCACAGGCACGCCCGGCACGGGCAAGUCUACGCUCGCCGGUCAGGUGGCCGAGCGGACGGGGUUGCAUCACAUCGACGUCGGCGCGAUCGCGAAGGACAGCGCCCUCUACGACGGCUACGACGACGAGUACGACUGCCCCGUCAUCGACGACGACCGCAUCGUCGACGAACUCGAGGACAAGAUGGCGGCCGGCGGCAACGUCGUCGACUACCACGGCUGCGACUUCUUCCCCGAGCGCUGGUUCGACGUCGUGUUCGUGCUGCGCGUCGACAACACUCUGCUGUACGACCGUCUCGUCGCGCGCGGCUACGCGGGCCGCAAACUCGCCGACAACGUCGAGUGCGAGAUACUGCAGACGAUCGUCGAGGAGGCGAGAGAGUCGUACGCGAGCGAGAUCGUUCACGAGCUUCGCAGCGACGCCCCGGACGACGUCGACAUCAACGCACGCCGCACUGGCAACGUCUAA